CCGUUGCGUAUGCCUUUUUGUCUAUAAAUCUUUAAUAACUGUGUCUCGUUCGCUCGUUCUCUCUUUCUCUCUUACGAGUUGCUCUUUUGUAAAUGUGUGCGUUUUAAAUAAAUGUGUGCGCUAAUAAACCACAAAAAGCAACAAAAGCGACAACAAAUUCAUGAGACUUUGCUGCAUUUUCAGUUGAUGUCGCCGUUCACUGUUCUCGUCGCGUUUUUAGUUUAGCUGCCCAAUUUUUAUUUGUAUUAGUGUGUGUGUCUUCUCCCACGCCGCCACACACACGCACACGCAACGGAACUCAAAACUACAAACACACACACACAUAAAUACUACAUAUGCUCUGUGCUCUUCAUUUAUAGUGCAUUUGUUAAGUUGCAAUACAACAUGAACAGCAAUUUAAAAUAAAUUUAUAUAAAAUAUAAAGUCAGUAAUUAAAAAAAACACUGCUUAAUGUGUAAAACAUACACAACAACACGCAAAUAAAUAAUAAAUCAACAAAUGGCUAACUAUUGAAUGGCGGCCAUCAUUGGCCCCAAGCGGCAUCCAUUGAGCAACCAGCACCACCAUCUCUUCCAUCCAACCACCAACAGCAACAAAUCGACCACCACCACCACCAACACCAAGGCCAAGCAACAGCUUUGCAGCAAUCAACAAACGCCAGCUAAUUCCCAGCAUCAGGAUACAAAGGCAAUCGACGCUGCUGCUGCUGCCUCAACCAACUGCAAUUUAAAGCAAAAGCAAAAUCAUAGCAGUAGCUCUAGCUCUGGUGGCAGCUGCUGCACUCAAAAUUCUUUAACUGCUGCAACGCGUAGUUCAAUGAGCGUAUCGAUGUCACUGGUACAGGGUGGUGCUGCCGGUGGUGCGCCACAGGGCGCCAGCGCAAUAUUAGCCGCAGCGGCUCCAUACUAUCAGCCGCCAGCUGUUCCACAGGAUGUGCAACCGGAUCGUCCAAUUGGCUAUGGUGCAUUCGGAGUUGUAUGGGCUGUUACAGAUCCGCGCGACGGGCGGCGUGUGGCAUUAAAAAAGCUGCCAAAUGUGUUCCAAUCUUUGGUCUCAUCGAAGCGCGUCUUUCGCGAACUCAAAAUGUUGUGCUUCUUCAAGCAUGAAAACGUGCUGUCGGCUUUGGAUAUACUGCAGCCACCACACUUGGACUUCUUUCAAGAAAUCUAUGUGAUAACGGAGCUGCUGCAAUCGGAUCUGCAUAAGAUUAUCGUCUCGCCACAACAUUUGUCGGCAGAUCACAUCAAAGUAUUUCUAUAUCAGAUACUGCGCGGCUUGAAGUAUCUGCAUUCGGCCAGGAUAUUGCAUCGGGACAUAAAGCCGGGCAAUCUGCUGGUCAACUCCAAUUGCGUGCUCAAGAUAUGCGAUUUUGGACUGGCACGCGUCGAGGAGCCCGAUCAGGCCAAGCACAUGACCCAGGAGGUCGUCACCCAGUACUAUCGUGCACCGGAGAUUCUGAUGGGCGCACGCCACUAUUCAUCCGCCGUGGAUGUGUGGUCGGUGGGCUGCAUCUUUGGCGAGCUGCUGGGACGUCGCAUACUGUUCCAGGCGCAGAAUCCGGUGCAGCAGCUGGAGCUGAUCACCGAGCUGCUGGGCACACCCACCAUGGAGGACAUGCGUCAUGCCUGCGAAGGCGCGCGCACUCACAUGCUGAGGCGUGCACCCAAGCCGCCCUCGUUCUCGGUUCUCUACACGCUCAGCUCGCAUGCCACACACGAGGCAGUGCAUCUGCUUUGCCAGAUGCUGGUCUUCGAUCCAGACAAGCGCAUUUCGGUUACAGAUGCUUUGGCGCAUCCUUAUCUGGACGAGGGACGUCUGCGCUAUCACUCAUGCAUGUGCAAAUGCUGCUUCACUACCUCGGCCGGCAUGCGCCAGUAUACGGCGGACUUUGAGCCCUCCGCCGGGCAGCCCUUCGAUGAUCUCUGGGAGCGCAAGCUGACCUCAGUGCAACAAGUCAAGGAGGAAAUGCACAAGUUUAUUGCCGAGCAGCUGCAGACGGGCCGCGUGCCGCUUUGCAUUAAUCCACAGAGUGCGGCAUUCAAAAGCUUUGCCAGCUCGACUGUGGCGCAUCCCUCGGAGCUGCCACCAUCGCCUCAUCAGUGGGAAUGACGGCAAAAUGAGGCGAUUGCUGCCUAAAAUAUAAAAAAGCAAAACACAAGUGAGCAGAAAGAAAAGCAAGUGGAACUUUAAUGUUUGAUUUGAGUUCUAAGCAAACUUGAACUUGAACAACUGACAACGGCCACACACCAAACAGCAGCAGCAACUGCGACAACUACAACUACAACCAGCCAGCAGCAACAACAACGGACAACAACAAAAACAUAAACAAAAGCCUAGUUUAAGUUAAAGCGCAUAAACAUUUGGGCGCCCCAAAUUUGUUGCAAAGUUCAAGCAUUCCACCACCGAUAACAAAACAACUUUUAAACAUAACAUUAAUAAUUAAAUAGACACACACACACACACAUACACAAACUGUAACGUAACUCAAUUGAAACUAGUCUAAACAACAAUUAAAGUUUAAACAAAUACACAGACGGUACGGCAAAUGGAAAAUACGCAUCAAAUUUUGUAAGCGUAAAUUUAAACUUGGCAACUAAAUAUUUGUUAGUAUAAAACAAAAACAAAAAAAAAACAAUUUUCGUGUAGCA